AUUAAACAUUUCAACAAUGGGUUCCAUAGACCUUGCAGCAAAAGGAGAGGAAAAUAAUAAUAAUGUGAUUCUGAAAGAGCACCAUGAGCAAGUUUCGGUGAAGCAUAAGAAGAGAGAGUUCAAAGAAAAAACUUUUGUGGUUCGAGAGUCACUGCUGACAUCUGAAUUUCGAAAUGGGCACAUGAAAAUCAUCUACAACUGCUUCACCGCAGCAUUCCUACUUUUUUUCCUGAGAGCCAUGAUUGAUGACAUUCUGGUUCACAAAAUGCCUUUCCAUCAUACAUGGCUCAUUUGGUGGAAUUUUCAAAACUUCAUCCCAACAAUGGCUGUCUGGACGGGAAUGUUUUUGAGCACAAUUGGAGUUUACUAUGCCUACGAGCACUGGUCAACAAUUCCAUCGAAGAAUACUGAUUUGGCGUCAAAUCUCCCGUUUGUCACCGCAUACGUCACAUACCUUGCCGCCUUUUUCUACUUUCCUUUGAAGUUUCUUUAUGAGUCAGAUCUCAAAUGUGCCUGCUCUUUUAUUAUUACAUGUGAAACGACGAGAAUCGCUAUGAAAGUUCACUCAUUCAUCAGGGAGAACUGGGACCGAGCAAUGAAGAGGAAAAUUGGAGGGACGAUCGACGCCUGGCCGACAAUGGAGCAAUUCCUCUAUUAUCAAUUUUGCCCAUCAUUCAUUUAUAGGGACAGCUAUCCGAGAACUGAAAAACGUGAUAUGAAAGCCGCCGGGCUUUACUUUUUGGAGUGCCUGGCCGUCAUUGAAUUUGUGAACCUUACAUUCACCCAAUGGGUGUUUCCAUGGCUUCAUGUUCAGGAUUACACUAGCCUGAGCUUUUCCACAAUUGCUCUUUCUCUGUUCACUGGAAUUAUCCCUGGGAUCAUUUGCAUGACGUCACUUUUCUAUGGACUUUUGCACUGCUGGUUGAAUUGUUUCUCUGAAAUGAUGCAGUUUGCUGAUAGGCAAUUUUAUUUGAACUGGUGGCACUCUUCCAACAUGGCAGAAUACUAUCGAAACUGGAACCUGGUUGUUCACGACUGGCUGUACGCUUACGUCUUCCGGGACCUGGCAGCUUAUAAUCCAGGACGAAAAGGUCAACGUGCCGCUCAAAUGGCAGUGUUUUUCCUUUCGGCCGUAUUCCAUGAAUACUGGUUUGGAGUCGCAUUCAGAUGUUUCUACCCUGUUAUGUUCGUACUGUACUUCAUUUUCGGCGGAACCUUCUUUGCAGUUUCCCGUCUUAUUACAAACCGUUCCGCGUGGAACACUGCUUUAUGGUUUAACUUGUUAAUUGGAACCGGAAUGUUCAUUGCUUUCUACGGCCAAGAAUGGUACGCGAGACGUGGACACUGUGCCCCGUACUCCAAUGCCGUUGUGGACCUUUUGUUCCCGAGACAUUGGAAUUGUCACCCACCAACUUCAUGAAAUCUCUAAUUAUUUGUCACACGGGGUAUUCGUUUUUUUUUUUUGUAUUUUGUUGAUUUUAUUUGAGAAUUAUUUUUUAAACUGUACAAAAGUUUUGUCACUAGUUUUUACAGAAAAAAUAAAUAUUAGUUACUUGA